AUGGGUUGUAUGAGCUCCAAGCAGGCCGAAGCGGCGGAUAAAGAAGCUCUUCAGCGCACAAUUCGGAUAGACAAAUCGCUGAAGAAUGACAAGAAAUUGAUGGACAGGACAAUCAAAAUUCUCCUACUGGGCGCUGGGGAGUCCGGUAAAUCAACAAUUAUCAAACAGAUGCGCAUUAUCCAUUCAGGAGGGUUUCCUGAAGAUGAGCGACGACAGACACGUGCGGUCAUAUACUCUAAUCUAGUCAUCGCAUUCAAGGUUCUGCUGGACAUUAUGCGCGCAGAGCAGAUUGAUUUUGAACUCGAGACUACAAAGCAAUUGGCGGAAUUCAUAGACAAUUUAGAGCCCGAUGUAGGAUCGGACGAAGCAUUUUCAGAUUACAAGGUCCGCGAUGCGAUGAGGGAGAUGUGGGUUGAUGCAGGGGUGCAAAAAGCCGUGUCUCGAGGUCAUGAGUUUGCUCUACAUGACAAUCUGCAAUACUUUUUCGGGUCGCUUGACCGUUUAUUCAAGCCCGGUUGGCUACCAGACAACCAGGACAUGCUGCAGGCCCGUUUAAGGACAACUGGUAUCACGGAGACUCUCUUCGAGCUGGGACAAAUGAAUUUCAGAAUGAUGGACGUUGGUGGGCAACGGUCUGAGCGCAAAAAAUGGAUACACUGUUUUGAAGGUGUCCAGUGCCUUCUUUUCAUGGUCGCGCUAUCUGGCUACGACCAGUGCUUAGUAGAGGAUCAAAAUGCCAACCAAAUGCACGAAGCAAUGAUGCUCUUCGAAUCUUUGGUGAACGGAGAAUGGUUCAAACGCAAGCCCAUCAUUCUGUUCCUGAACAAAAUCGACCUUUUUAAGGGAAAACUCGAAUUCUCACCGGUAUCAAAGCACUUUCCAGAUUAUAAUGGUUCGAACUCGGAUUUCGACGCCGCAGCGCGGUACUUCGCUGACAGAUUCCGCGGUAUCAACCGAAUACCGGACCGUGAGAUCUAUAUCCACUAUACCAAUGCUACAGACACAACGCUUUUAAAAGCCACUAUGGAAUCUGUACAGGACAUGAUCAUCCAGAAGAAUCUUCACACGCUCAUCUUAUGA